AUGGUCGUGGCCAUCCUAUCCCUUGCCGCCAUCGGAGCCUCCUUCGCCACCGCCUUGCCACUACCCCGUGGCUCUCCAGCAUCCGCACUACCCCGCGACUCACCGGCACCCACCACCACCACCUCGACUUCCGGGUGGCCCGGGUUCAAGCGCGCCUCGCCAGCCGGAAAAGCAGGGUUUAUCAUCUGGGUUCUAUUCGCGUCCAUCCUAGGCGCCUACGGACUCUGCAACUUGCUUAUGUUCAUCUAUGCCCUCUUCCGCAUCACCGGCAGGCGGUGGGAGCCGGCCGAGCGCUUUGUGGACGCCUACUUCUCCUUCCACCGCCGGUUUUGUGGCUCGGACGCGGAGGAUCCCCUCUCGAGCCGGCCACCACCCGCGCUUGACUCGACGGGCCGAACCGGAGAGGGAGGGGGCGACGGUGGCACGCGCACGAGAACGUACGCCUCCAGUAUCAACACUAAGCUUGUGUACGUGGUAUCGGCUGAUGAAGCGGACGACCGGAGGGCGACGGAGAACGCCGAUGCCAAUUGCAGACGCAGCUCCCAGAGCGACCGUGGUUCGAGCAUCCCGCCAAGCUACAGGUCGAAGGACCGCUUGCCGUCUUACUCGAGCCCAGUGCCAGAUCAUACGGCAGAGUUUGACUUUGAGUUUGCGGAGAUGCCGCCUGGAUCACUUGCUCUAUCCUUUGGUCAAGGGUCAGUCCGGUCCGGCGACGAGAGCCGGCGAGCGUCGCCGGCUGCCGAACGAGGGCAAUAG